AUGGCAAAAACCUAUGACCGGAUAGAGUGGCCGUUUCUCCAAAUGAUGCUCCUAGCUCUGGGCUUUGCGGAGGCCUGGGUGAAUUUGAUUAUGCUCUGUGUUACGACGGUCUCUUAUAAUUUUCUGAUUAACGGAGAUCAUGCAGGUCAUGUGAUUCCAACCCGGGGAAUCAGACAGGGAGACCCUUUAUCUCCAUAUUUGUUUAUUAUCUGUGCAGAAGGGUUGUCUUUGUUGUUACAGCAGGCUGAGUUACGGGGUUCCUUUCAUGGUUGUAGCGUAGCUAGGGGAGCACCCCCGGUGUCUCAUUUGUUUUUCGCAUAUGACAGUCUCUUGUUCUUUAAAGCUAAUAUUCAUGAGGCAGGAGCUGUGAAACAAUGUCUGAGUGAGUAUGAGGCUAUGUCUGGACAGGCUGUUAGUUAUGCCAAAUCUAGUGUAUGCUUCAGUAGAAACACUUACCCGGCUGACAGGGAGGAGGUGGUGGCUGUUUUAGGGGUAUCUCAGGCAGCUAACUUUGGAAGGUAUUUGGGCUUGCCAUCAUUUGUUGGAAGAAAUAAGAGGGCAGUAUUUUCAUAUAUUGAGGACAAGAUUAAACAAAGAAUUGGCUCGUGGAAUAAGGGGCUGAUUUCUCGGGCUGGGAAGGAAGUGCUGUUGAAAAGCGUGGCACAAUCUAUGCCAACCUUUUCAAUGAGUGUUUUUAUGCUCCCACAUUCUGUAUGUCAGUCUAUUGAGAGAGUGAUGAACCGCUAUUGGUGGGGCUCAGGGGGUGAUAGGAGUAUACAUUGGAUGGCUUGGGACCAGUUGUGUGUUCCUAAAAAAUAUGGGGGACUAGGUUUCAAGGACCUAAGAGCUUUUAAUUUGGCAAUGUUAGGAAAACAAGCUUGGCGCUUCUUAACUAAUCCCCAAUCUUUGGUUGCAAGAAUAUAUAAGGCCAGGUAUUACCCCAAGACCACCUUUGUUGAUGCAACCAUAGGGGGAUGUCCCAGCUUUUGUUGGCGCAGCAUUAUGGCAGCCCAUGAACUGAUUUGUUCUGGAGUUAGACGGAGGAUUGGGAAUGGAAAUACAACUUUGAUUUGGGGUCAUCCCUGGCUCCCUGAUGACCCAAGCCCAAUGAUUAUGUCAGACAUGCCACCAUUAUUAAACGGUUCUUUGGUUUCUGGUCUUGUGGACCCAGCUACUAAUACAUGGGAUCAGUCUAUCCUGCAGGACAUUUUUCAGCCACAUGACGUGGAACGUAUUUUGAGCAUCCCAAUUAGCCCCGGGUAUGAGGACUCUUGGUAUUGGCACGGCAAUCCGCGGGGUUGUUAUACUGUUAAGGAUGGCUAUAGGCGCAUUUGUGGUGAAUUUCAGGAUAAUCCGGGUACUUUUGAUAGGUGGUUAUCUGUUUGGAAGCUUAAAUCACCUCCCAAAUGGAAAGACCUCCUAUGGAGAGCCCUCACAAAUGUGCUACCAACAACUACGAAUUUAUUGAUAAAAAGAGUAGAUGUCCAACCAACAUGUCCAAUGUGUGGAUUAACCAAUGAGAAUGUCAUGCACUCUUUAGUUUUGUGUGAAUUCUCUAGUUUGGUUUGGCAUGAAGCUGCUGUUGCUUUACCUACUUUGCAUGGAAAUGAUUUCUCUGUGUGGUUCACUACUCUUUUGUCUAUGCUUACUAUUGAAGAUCUCCUCAUUGCAGUGGCCGUAAUUUAUUAUAUUUGGGAUGCGCACAAUUCGGCAGUUUGGAGACAUUGCUUGCCGCGACCUUCCUCCGUAUGGCGGCGAGUGUAUGCAACACUUCACGCUUGGAGGCAGAUUCACGACGCCCAGCAGCUGCAGCAGAAUUUCCCGCCCUCUCAUGCACAAUCCUCAGCUAGAAACGCUGCUGCUUCAUCCCAGCAACAUGGAGGGCAUUGGCGCUGCUACUUCGACGCAGGGUACCUGCCAUCUUCACGGAGAUCAACGGUCGGUGCGGUAUUGUACACACCGGAUGGCGAGUACGCUGCAGCCUUCAGUGGCCGAACUCAUGGGUGUUUUUCUCCAUUAAUGGCGGAGGCGGUGGCGUGCAAAGAGGUCCUUUCAUGGCUAAGAGACCGGGAGGUUGACCGAGUGGAUCUUUAUACUGACUGUGCCAACCUUCAGACGCUCAUGGCAUCUACACACCAAGAUCUCUUUUCAUAUAUUGCUUUUUCAAUUGAAGCCUCACGGGCUAUUAUGUCGUCUUUUAAUCAUUGUUCGUUACAUUUGGUCCCUAGGUCUGCUAACCUAGGGGCACAUUCUCUUGCUUCUCAAGGCUAUUCUCAGGCUGCUUUUGUGUUUUGGGAUUAUGUCCCACCUGACUCCGUUUCUGGUUUGAUUUAA